AUGAAAGCAGUGUUUGAAGAAAAGAAGAGAAAAAGCCCUGAAAAAGAGAAAAAGACUAAAAAAAAUAAAGAAGACUAUAAUAAAGAAAAUUGUGCCGAAGGUAAAUGUAACAAAGCGAAACUUACCACAGAUAGAGAGGUUAAAAGCAAGAAGACCACAACCAGAAACAAAAGGGCCAAAAAGGCUAAAAAAUAUUUGUUUAAUAGUGAUGAUGAAGAUUCAUCUAAUGAUCAAAUUGACGAACGCACAAUUUGCGACGACGAGUCAGAAUUCUCAGAAGAGGAAACUUUAUGUGCAAUUGGUUUAGGCACGGGACAAGUGGGGAGAUGUGGUACCGAUGCAGAAGUUGCGGAAACUGGGCCCAUGAAGAAUGCUCUGGAAGUGAUAGUCCAGCUUCUUAUAUUUGUACAUUUUGUUUGGAUUCGUAAAAUCUUGGUUCUUCUUUAA